UAGCAGCCUGCUCAGAGCUCACAGAAGGCUUGCUCCUCGUCCCAGGCAAACAGCAAGCCAGGCCCUUCCCCAGAGCUGGCGGGGCCGCCUCCUCCUGGAGCCUCACUCGCUGCCCUCCCCCAAGCAAGUCUGAGUCUGACCCACCAUGGUCCCCACAGAAGCCACAAGCCUAACCCCCAACCUGUCAGAUGACUACGGCUACGAUGGCACGCCGCCCAUGGAGUACGACGGCAACUUCACGGACUACUUCUGUGAGAAAAGCCACGUCAGGCAGUUUGCGGGCCACUUCCUCCCGCCCCUGUACUGGCUCGUGUUCAUCGUGGGCGGCGUGGGCAACAGCCUCGUCAUCCUGGUCUACUGGUACUGCACGAGAGUGAAGACCAUGACCGACAUGUUCCUUCUCAACUUGGCCAUCGCUGACCUUCUCUUUCUCGCCACGCUGCCCUUCUGGGCCAUUGCCGCUGCGGACCAGUGGAAAUUCCAGACCUUCAUGUGCAAGGUGGUCAACAGCAUGUACAAGAUGAACUUCUACAGCUGCGUGCUGCUCAUCAUGUGCAUCAGCGUGGACAGGUACAUCGCCAUCGCGCAGGCCAUGAGGGCGCAGAUGUGGAGGCAGAAAAGGCUCCUGUACAGCAAGAUGGUCUGCUUUACCAUCUGGGUGACGGCGGCCGCGCUCUGCCUCCCAGAACUCCUGUACAGCCAAGUCAAGGAGGAACACGGCAUUGCUAUCUGCACCAUGGUCUACUCCAGCGACGACAGUACCAAACUCAAGUCGGCUGUCUUGACCCUGAAGGUCAUCCUGGGCUUCUUCCUCCCCUUUGUGGUCAUGGCUUGCUGCUACACCAUCAUCAUCCACACCCUGAUCCAGGCCAAGAAGUCCUCCAAGCACAAGGCCCUGAAGGUGACCAUCACUGUGCUCACCGUCUUCGUCCUGUCUCAGUUCCCCCACAACUGCGUCCUGCUGGUGCAGACCAUCGAUGCCUACGCCAUGUUCAUCUCCAGCUGCGCCCUCUCCAUCAAAAUUGACAUCUGCUUCCAGGUCACUCAGACUGUGGCCUUUUUCCACAGUUGCCUGAACCCUGUUCUCUACGUUUUUGUGGGUGAGAGGUUCCGCCGGGAUCUUGUGAAGACCCUGAAGAACCUGGGCUGCAUCAGCCAGGCUCAGUGGGUUUCGUUCACGAGGAGAGAGGGAAGCCUGAAGCUGUCAUCUAUGCUGCUGGAGACAACCUCGGGGGCUCUCUCCUUCUGA